AUGUCCAGCAUACGUAUACGGGCCGCAUAUAUACUAGAGUACGGCCGCGACCACCUUCUGAACGAAUCCAUGCGCCAAAAGAAGAAGAAGAAGAAGAAGAAGAAGAAGAAGAAGAAGAAGAAGAAGAAGAAGAAGAAGAAGAAGAAGAAGAAGAAGAAGAAGAAGAAGAAGAAGAAGAAGAAGAAGAAGAAGAAGAAGAAGCAGAAGAAGAAGAAGAAGAAGAAGAAGAAGAAGAAGAAGAAGAAGAAGAAGAAGAAGAAGAAGAAGAAGAAGCAGAAAUUGAGCGACAAGGCGAAGACCAUUGUUGCGCGAUAUCAUCCCAGAGAUGGGGUUGCAGUUGGCAAGUACGACUGCGGAAAGCACGGCUGA